AGAAACAUGGCUGACUGGAGUUAACGAAGAAUCUGAAGACAGCCUAAAACUAAGCGAAGCGUUGGAAAACGUAGCGCCAACUUUCUCGCGGCCAAUGGGAGACGGCUUUCGCCCACGACCAGCUACUACGGAAGCCUAGGAGGACAAUCAUUUUAUAAGGCUCAUGAACGCUCUGGAGGAACUCAUGCGUGCCUGCUGUCCGCGGAGUCGCAGGCGCUAUGGCUUGUGGUCCCGGUUACGAAUGUUCCUUAUUACACUAGUUGGCAUCUAUAUAGCCAUUCCAUUCCUUGUAAAGAUAUGUCCUGCAAUACAAGCUCAGCUGGUCUUUUUAAAUUUAGUGAGGUUUCCAUAUUUUAUUGACUUGAAAAGGCCUCAGGAUCAAGGGUUAAAUCACACCUGCAAUCUUUACUUGAAGCCGGAUGAAGAUGUAUCUAUUGGUGUCUGGCACACCGUUCCUGCAGCGCUUUGGAAAGAUGCUCAGGGAAAGGACCUGGCGUGGUAUGAGGAAGUAAUGUCUACACACUAUCCUGUCAUUCUUUACCUACAUGGGAAUGCAGGCACACGAGGAGGUGAUCACAGGGUACAGCUAUACAAGGUCCUCGGCUCAAUAGGUUUUCAUGUCAUUUCAUUUGACUACAGAGGAUGGGGUGACUCAGUUGGCUCUCCUUCAGAGACCGGCAUGACCUAUGAUGCCCUUCAUGUCUUUGACUGGAUCAAGGCCAGAAGUGGGGACAAUCCUGUCUACGUCUGGGGGCACUCUUUGGGGACAGGUGUUGCCACAAACUUGGUGCGGAGAUUGUGUGAAAGAGAAACACCUCCUGAUGCCUUGAUUCUUGAAUCACCUUUUACAAAUAUCCGUGAAGAGGCAAAAAGUCAUCCUUUUUCAGUGGUUUACAGAUAUUUCCCAGGUUUUGAUUGGUUUUUCCUUGAUCCCAUCACAGCAAGUGGCAUCAAGUUUGCCAAUGAUGAAAAUGUGAAAUUCAUAUCCUGCCCACUGCUGAUACUCCAUGCAGAAGAUGACCAUGUGAUCCCAUUCCACCUAGGAAGAAAGCUUUACAACAUCGCUGCCCCAGCAAAGAGUUUACGUGAUUACAAAGUGCAGUUUGUCCCUUUCCACAAAGACCUCGGAUACCAGCAUAAAUACAUAUAUAGGAGUCCGGAAUUACGACAGAUACUGAAGGAUUUCUUUGGCAGUGCCCAGGAGCAGCAAUAGACCAACAACAUGCAGACAGCCUGGAUAUUUCUGCGCGGUUUGGGGACAGCAAUACGAUCCCAGUGUAUUUAUGAAAAAGCAGGAGUUGGAGAGCUACCGUGUCAGGGCUUGCUCCUGCUUCCCCAUUAGAAUUAAUCCAUUCCAGUGUCCCUAGGGUACAACUACUAUACAAGGGUGUCACUCUUAUGUUUGUUUGUAUGUUUUGCCUGCGACUGUCAGACUAUAAUGGGACAUGUUGUGUUUUACAAGCAGCUAAUGUAGAACCUGAAAAUCCAACAGACAUCGCCAAAAGUGCUAACUGGUAGUAAGCGGGCUGUCUGUUACAUUUGUGCCCCCA